CAAAUCAACUUCAAUUUAAUCAGAAUGGUCCCACCUUCUGCAGUUACCGAGUCUUCAAGACAACCAAUUCCUUCAACUUCUGCAAAACUACUUGGUCCACCUCCUUCACAAUCAUCAUUUCAAACACUUUUAAGAGAAGAAACUUUUCGAAACCCUUCAAAACGAGCCACUGGAAAUCCAGCGAUUCAUAAACUUGUGGCUCCUCAUAUCGAAAGUUUUAAUACUCUCUUUGAAGCUCCAGAUGGUUCACCAGGUUUACUUACAUUAGGUGUAGCUGAUAUACCAUCAAAAGUCGUAUUUGAUUCACCUCCAGAGAAUAGCGACACACCACGUAACAGGCUAGAAUUCAAGAUUGUAGAAGUUUUGGUGUCAAAUCCUAUGGCUAUUGAAAAAGGAACAGGUCGAGAUCGAAUUUAUCCAUCAGAGGCUCGAGAGCGUAUGGCCACCUAUGCGGGUAAAAUUUCAGCCAAAGUCAGUUGGUCACUCAAUAAUGGUCCUCCGAAUCAUGAACAUCGUGAAUUUGGUCAACUACCUAUCAUGCUCAAAUCAGAAAAAUGCAAUUUGAAACAAAUGACACCUCGACAGUUGAUUGAUCAUCAUGAAGAAUCGGAAGAAAUGGGUGGUUAUUUCCUCGUCAAUGGAAAUGAACGUUUGAUUCGUUUUCUUAUAGUACCAAGACGUAAUCAUGCUAUAGCCCUUAUUCGACCUUCAUUUUGCAAUCGUGGAAAUUUCUAUACUCCUUUUGCUUGUCAAAUGAGAUGUGUUAGACCUGAUCAAUCUAGUCAAACCGUCACUUUACAUUAUCUUUCAAAUGGAAAUGUGACGUUUAGAUUCAGUUGGAGAAAGAAUGAAUACUUAAUUCCAGUGGUGAUGCUCUUGAAAGCUUUGAUUGGUGCAAGUGAUCAAGAAAUCUUUGCUGGUUUGGCUCAAAAUGCAUUUGAUGAUACGUUUCGUACCGAUCGAAUCGAAUUACUUCUUCGUAGUUUUAAAAAUUAUCAUCUACCUACUUCGGCACUUUGUUUACACUUUCUUGGUAGUAAAUUUCGAAUCGUUUUGAAUUGUCCUGAUGAUUGGAGUGAUGAAAGGGUGGGUCGAUUCUUGUUGGAUCGAGUUGUACUCGUACACCUCAACAAUGCUACUAGCAAAUAUCGUCUUCUAUUGUUUAUGAUCCAAAAGCUCUACGCUCUGGUCGGAGGCGAGUGUUGCGCGGAUAAUCCUGAUUCACCUCAACAUCAAGAAAUCCUUAUGCCUGGUCACUUACUCUCAUCAAUCUUAAAGGAGCGUUUCGAAGAAUAUAUCGGAGGAAUUCGUAAUCAAAUGGCUUCUGAUGUUCGAAGAGGUGUGGCUAGCGCCAACUUUCGUGAUCCGAAAUAUGUUCAAAAGACAAUGGCACGUGUAGACUGUGAUGCUGGGAAACGGAUUACGUAUUUCCUUGCUACUGGUAACUUGGUCUCACCUACAGGUUUAGAUUUACAACAAAUGAGUGGGUUUACCUUGAUUGCAGAGAAAUUGAAUUUCUAUCGGUAUAUUUCACAUUUCAGAUGUGUGCAUCGUGGUGCAUUCUUUGCCGAGUUGAAAACUACCACGGUUCGAAAACUGUUACCUGAAGCUUGGGGAUUUCUUUGUCCUGUACACACACCUGAUGGUUCUCCUUGUGGAUUGUUGAAUCACUUUGCUCACCAAUGUCAAAUUCUGAGCUCUCCCUCACCAUCUUCUCAUGUUCCAGCUCUAUUGACGUCACUUGGAAUGAGUCAGCCCUUUGAUUCAGCAGUAGAUGUUAAAAAUUAUGUUUGUGUUCAACUCGAUGGUGAAGUAAUUGGUUGGGCAUCAUUAUCUUUAUGUUUCAAAAUGGCAACUGCUCUACGGUUAUGGAAGACGGAGGGCUUAGAAAAGAUCCCACCUGGUUUAGAAGUCGGAUUUGUACCUCGAGUCACUGGCGGACAGUAUCCUGGACUUUUUCUUUUCUCUACACCUGCACGAAUGAUGAGACCAGUUCAACUGAUCUCGAAUGGCAAGACAGAGCUUAUCGGACCUUUCGAACAGGUAUACCUUGAUAUAGCUUGUACCGAAUCAGAAAUCGAAAAAGGAAUCAGUACACAUGUUGAAAUCUCACCUACUCAUAUUUUAUCUCUAUUGGCCAACCUUACACCUUUUUCCGAUUUCAAUCAAUCUCCACGUAACAUGUAUCAAUGUCAGAUGAGUAAACAGACGAUGGGUACACCAUCUUCAGCAUUCAAUCAUCGAACAGACAAUAAACUUUAUCGACUUCAAACUGGUCAAACACCCAUUGUACGACCUGCUUUACAUGAUCAUUAUCAUAUGGAUCAUUUCCCUAAUGGAACGAAUGCAGUUGUAGCUGUGAUUUCUUAUACUGGAUAUGAUAUGGAAGAUGCGAUGAUUUUAAAUAAAUCAGGACAUGAAAGAGGAUUUGGACAUGGAACGAUUUAUAAAUCACAGAUUGUAGAUUUACAACCUGAUCGAGGACGUGGUUCAUCAGAAAGACAUUUCGGAUUAGGAGAUGAUCAUAAAUUAAAAGACAUGGCACAACAUUUAGGAGCUGAUGGGAUUGCUAUGAUUGGUAGUCGAUUGAAACGUGGUGAUCCGUUAUGUGCUUAUGUGGAUCGAGUGACUGGUAAAGGUGGUUGGGAAAAAUAUAAAGGUGAUGAAGAAGCAUUCGUUGAAGAGAUUCGAUUGAUUGGAAAUGAUUCUAGUACAACAGAAUGUACAAAGAUUCAUUUUAAACUUAGGAUACCUAGAUCACCUGUGAUUGGAGAUAAGUUUUCAUCACGACAUGGACAAAAAGGAGUGUGUUCACAAAAAUGGCCAGCUGUUGAUAUGCCAUUUACUGAAUCAGGUAUGCAACCUGAUGUGAUCAUCAAUCCUCAUGCUUUUCCUUCUCGUAUGACGAUUGGUAUGUUUGUGGAAAGUCUUGCUGGUAAGGCUGGUGCUAUGCAUGGGAUCGCACAAGAUGCUACUCCUUUUAGGUUUAAUGAAAAAGAUACACCAUCUGAAUACUUUGGUACUCAACUUUUAGCAUCUGGAUUUAAUUAUCAUGGAAAUGAACCGAUGUAUAGUGGGAUCACUGGAGAAGAAUUCGUGGCGGAUAUUUAUAUCGGAUUGGUUUAUUAUCAAAGAUUAAGACAUAUGGUGGGAGAUAAAUGGCAGGUUAGAACGACUGGACAAGUUGAGAAGACGACACAUCAACCUAUCAAGGGUAGGAAACGUGGAGGAGGCAUCCGAUUUGGAGAAAUGGAACGUGAUGCAUUAUUAGCACAUGGAACAUCCUUCUUAUUACAAGACAGAUUGAUGAAUUGUUCGGAUUAUUCAACAGCAUGGAUUUGUAGAAAGUGUGGAAUAUUAAGUUCGAUUGGAUAUGAGAAUCGAUUACAAGAAGAACUUGAAGGGAUCGAUCAAGGAGGGAUAGGUCUUCAACCUGAUAGUUAUUCAAACUUGAUGAAAGUUAAUGGACCUAAAGGUGAGUUUUGUAGGUUUUGUAGAGGAUCGGAAGAUGGAUUGGGGAAUCAGAUGGGAAUGGGAUUAGAAGGCAUUGUGAAGGGAUUGGAAAGUCAUAUGGAUGUGAUUGAGAUUCCAUUUGUUUUCCGUUAUUUGAUUGCUGAACUUAUGGCAAUGGGAAUCAAGAUUGCAUUAAAAGUGGAAACAUCAGGUUAAAAAGAUCCUAAAUUUAAUAGAUCAACAUUCAUAACUAAAAGGGAAGAGAUCUUUAUUUCAAAGGUUCAAGAUUUAUGAAGGAUUACAAGAUUUUCUUGGUUUUUGUUUUGUUGGUUUUGUUAUUGUUCAAUUUGUUUAACGGAUCGCAAUUGAUUUUUUUGGUGAUAUGAAUGUGAUGUUUUGAUGGCUUAUAAGGGAACAUAUAAUCAAAUAAGGAUCCGUACUACC